AUGAGACGAUUUGUCGAUGCGAUUGUUCAAACUCCCAAGUUGGCCAACCUCGUGCGGUUCCUAGAGUUGGGAACGUUGAGCGAGGAGCCAGAUAACGGUAUUAAAUAUGACACGACGCUCAUCCUCCCGCUGCUCGACGAAACUGUGUGCGCGGCAGAGCAACGCGCAAAAUGGAAGCAGGGCCUGGAAAGCGGUGUCACCGAAGCGUGGCUGGCCCUGCUUAUUCCACGGAUCACGAGCUUGCGGAAAAUCAGCAUCGAAUGGCCUUCAAGCGGACGCGUCGUGGUGGGAUACCGAAGGCGCAGCCGACGCGCGUCUCAUGCUUCCAUUGUUCAAGUUCCCAGCGAUGCGCAAACUGUCGGCGCACAUGCUCGCCGAGGAUCCAUGGUGGCAACAAAGAAACACACCGACACCAGUGUCGCCUUCGUUGGGGAUCACCGAAUCGACCUCGCCGUGUGUGACGCCGGCCAGAAUGGGUUUAAGGGCUGGAUUGGUUCCUGUAAAGCACUGAGAUCUUUCCGUUUUACACACGGUGGAACCGGAAUGGGCCAGGAGACGUUUAACCCGCGCGCUCUUCAGUCGCUUUCACUCCAGAAAGAAUCACUCGAGUCUAUCUUGAUCCGGUCCGAGGACUUCUAUGACCCAACCGAGACUCAAGAAUCUAUGGGGUUUGCCGAGAUUACGGUUUUAAAGCACCUCUCCAUUGGCCUCCAGGAUCUCAUUGGGAUAAACGAGGACGAAGAGCCGAUCACAGAGCUCAGAGAUACCCUCCCGUAUUCGAUUGAAACGCUGCAUUUCUAUGAGUGUGUUGAGCUAUUUGGCUGGGCUGUUGAGCAACUUAAGAGCUUAAUAGAUGUACGACGUAUGCCAAACCUCGCUACUUUAACUCUUGAGUCGCCUGUGGCCGAGGACUCCGAACAUCAGCAGAGGUUGGACCACUUGGGAUAUGCAUGCAAAGAAGCCGGGAUUUGUUUGAAUACUAUUUCUACAGGCAGAUCCAGGGUUCAAGUCUGGGUGGAGGACCCCGAUCAGCCUGGCCUGAGACGCAUCUGCGUUGGUAGUAUAUGA